UUCCUCCUCUCUCUCUCUCUCUCUCCUUUGAUGCCAAAUCCCAUCCCUCGACCGGGUGAGGAGCGCCGUGAGUGGCUGAGAGGACUGAGCGUUCCUUGCAACAGCUGCGAGUUGCCUCUAUCCAACACAGGAGUUGGCGGAACUGAGCUCAGUGCAGAACGACGAACAGCGGCUUUGUCACGCAUUGCCCCAGCCCCGGACCAGCAGCCCAAACGUAGAUCGACAUAUCGCUACAUUCAUGACCGGACAGGGAUUACGUGGCGAAGGAGACAAUUUCACAGAAGAGAUUGAACGGAUUUUACGCAGGACUGCCGGGUUUUAGGAGUGCCCCUGGGGACCAUGGAUAAAGCUUUGCAUAUCCUACAGAAACCGACAGACUCAACCGACAAGGUCCUUGGCGGUGGAACGGGAAUAGCUCUGGAUAUGAGUAUAGGAGACCGGGAAUUCACAGAACAAUCUAUUAGACUUAGCAAUAAAAUCCCCUUAGUGAAGCCCUAUUUCAAAAAGAAGCACGGACAGAGGAAACUGGACUCAAAAUGCCUCCGUGCGCUCCAGGACCCAAUCCUGACCACAUUACUGAGUACGGAUGCUCUUGUUACCGGAGACGGAGUGUUUGUCCCCAGGAACCCUCCGCCAAGGACAGCUGGGAACCUGUGCACUGCUGUGGUGGUCAAACAGGCGCGGAUUGGUGGGCCUGUGUGCCGGAAAGAAUCGUCAGCUACCGGUGUAACGGCUAUGAUUACCGGCGACACGGAAAUGGUGGAUGCCUCCGCCGAGUUGGAGGAGACAGAGGGGGGGGGGACCUAUUUGCUUCUAAAGCCUUGCGGGGGGGCAAAUUGCCUCACCAUUAAAGCCGGUAAGAAAACCCCCAGUCUUCAGGCCGACAAAGGAGAGAUAUUUCAGGAUAAAAGCGAAGAGGCCUCCCUGGAUCUAGUUUUUGAUCUGCUAACCCAGCUCCAGUAUCACACGCACCAAGCCGACUCGGUUUCCAUCUGCGUGGAUUUCCUGCAGGGGUUGUGUGUGUACGGGAGUGACUGCGCUUACCAUCAUACUGUGCUGCCCUACCACUGGCAGGUCUGCAGGAGUGAUACUGAAAACUGGCAAAGCCUGGCGGAUGAUUCACAGGAUCAGUUGGAGAGGCUUUAUUGCAAUCCGGACAAUGAACAAGUCAGGCUCAAGUUUCAGGGUCGUGUGUUUUCCUUAGACUUCACUACGAUGCGUGUAUGUGACCUGGAGUUCGACCGUGUCAGACGGUUGACCACUCCCUCCAGCCCUGCCGCCCCGCCCCCAAACACAAACCCCACCCCUAACUGCCACACAGUGUGGAAAUACUACUGCAGAGACAACUUCGGCUGGAGAGAAUACUCUGAGCCGGUAGUGCGUCUGAUAGAGGAAGCUAGUGGUCGUGGUCUGAAGGAGGUCCGUUUCAUCACCCUACAGAACCAGUACAUCCUCAACAUCAGAGAGGGCUUCCAGCAGAACGCCGUGUUCGGCUUCAGGCGCCAGAUCAAGAAACGCCCCCUCUUCCUGUCCUCCAUGGUCCUCACGCCACAUCUACAGACUCUUGGGGGCCUCUCCUCCUUUUCCCCCUCCUCCACUGUGGAUCUGUCCCUUUCUCUGCCUCUCUCUCCGUCCUCCACCAACACUCCCAGCGUAUUCCCAGAGACCUGGUUACCCAUGACAACCAGCCAGGACUUCCUGCAGGUUCCGGUAUCCUGUGACGACCGGAGUUAUCGGACCGUCUACACCCUCUUCCACAAGACGGUGUCUGAAACCAAGUUCCGCAUCCUUAAGAUCCUCCGCGUCCAGAAUCCCUUCCUAUGGGAGAAAUACAAGAGGAAGAAGGAGUACAUGUCUCGUCGUCUCUCGGAGAUGGACAGGAUGCUGAGCGAGCGUCACCUGUUCCACGGCACCUCCACUGAGGUGGUAGAGGGCAUCUGCAAACACAACUUUGACCCGCGUGUCAGUGGCAAACACGCCACCAUGUUCGGACAAGGAUCCUACUUCGCCCGCAAGGCCGUCUACUCCCAUAACUUCUCCAAGCGCUCUCCUAAAGGGAUCCACUCCAUGUUCCUGGCCAAAGUGCUCACUGGCAGGUUUACAGUGGGGAACCCUUCCAUGCGCCGGCCGCCCCCACUCAGCCCCCGGGACCCCUCCAGUGACCUGUACGACUCGUGUGUAGACAACUGGGUAGACCCCCAGAUCUACGUUAUUUUCAACGACGACCAGAGCUACCCCUACUUUAUCAUCCAAUACGAAGAGGUUCCCAGUACUGUGGCUAUUUGACACAGACCAGACUGAACCAAACCCAGUACCGUGGCUAUCUGACAGGAGACCAGACUGAACCAAACCCAGUACUGUGGCUAUAUGAGAACAGACCAGACUGAACCAAACCCAGUACUGUGGCUAUCUGACAGGAGACCAGACUGAACCAAACCCAGUACUGUGGCUAUCUGACAGGAGACCAGACUGAACCAAACCCAGUACUGUAACUAUAUGAGAACAGACCAGACUGAACCAAACCCAGUACUGUGGCUAUCUGACAGGAGACCAGACUGAACCAAACCCAGUACUGUAACUAUAUGAGAAUAGACCAGACUGAACCAAACCCAGUACUGUAACUAUAUGAGAACAGACCAGACUGAACCAAACCGAGUACUGUAACUAUAUGAGAACAGACCAGACUGAACCAAACCGAGUACUGUAACUAUAUGAGAACAGACCAGACUGAACCAAACCCAGUACUGUGACUAUAUGAGAACAGACCAGACUGAACCAAACCCAGUACUGUAACUAUAUGAGAACAGACCAGACUGAACCAAACCCAGUACUGUGACUAUAUGAGAACAGACCAGACUGAACCAAAUCAGAGACGCCCCGUACUUCACCAUCAGUAUGAGAUAUUAACCAGUACUGUCAGUAUCUGAGACCUGAGCCCAGGAACCAAACAACCAAGACUCUGGAUAUAUGUACCGUGGUUUCUCCCAACACCGGGCAUCCACAGCAGCUCCCGUCUGUAUUCUGUUGGUUUGAAGUCCUGGCUUAUGGGGCUGCCAUUCUGAGGCUUCUUAAACUGGACUGUAGAUGGAGUUUCAUUUGGACCCAGAAUAGAUAUUUGCUUUGGUGUUUUGGAUUCACAUUUUGGGAUUCACAUUGGAAUUGAGCAGUGGACAGUGUCACUGAGACUCAGUGUUGGCAUGACAACAUAACGUUUCUGUUAAAAACCAAACCCCCUAACACCCCCAUCUCUUUCCCUCUCUCUCUCUCUCUCUCUCUCUCUCUCUCUCUCUCUCUCUCUCUCUCUCUCUCUCUCUCUCUCUCUCUCUCUCUCUCUCUCUCUCUCUCUCUCUCUCUCUCUCUC